UUUCCCCCCUCCAUCCCUCUGAUGAAAUGAAAUUGAGUAUCCAGCGGGAACAGUAACAUCAAACCUAAUUAAUUAUUUUUUAUCAAAUCUCCCUCUCUCUUUGUUUCGAUUUCCUCCUCCUCCUUCUUCUUCUUUGAUUAGUGUUCUUGUAGACGCCAUGGCGAGGAAAAAGCAUUUCGCCCAAAGGUACACACCUGGAGGUCGUCAACAACUACCACCACCACCAGCAAGUUCUAGUUCUGAUGCGGGGGGUAAGAAGAGGUCAUACAGACAUAAACCAGGAACCAAAGCACUUCAAGAGAUACGAAAAUUGCAGAAGAGUAUUGAUCUGUUAUUGCCUAGAGCCCCAUUUGUUAGAAUUGUGAAAGAGAUCACAGACAAUUUUAGUAAAGAAGUUAAUCGUUGGCAAGCAGAAGCUUUAACGGCACUUCAGGAGGCAACUGAAGCUUUUCUGGUUGGUACAUUUGAAGAUGCUCAGCUAUGCGCAAUCCAUGCGAAACGUGUGACCAUCAUGCAAAAAGAUUGGCAGCUAGCAAGAAGGCUCGGUGGGAGAGGUCACUAUGGCUCUCAGCCAUGGUGAGAGAGCUGCAUCAGCCACAGUCUAACACCUAUGUGCAGUUUUCAAGCUCUGACAUUAGUAUUGUGUUGUUGGUAUCAUAUUGGUAGUAAACCCCUCAUGUGUGUAUGUCUAACUUAACUAGGAUUCAGUCGAAAUGUCUUAAGAAGCUGGUAGGUAGUCAGAUUAAGAUUUUACUGUGUGUAACAGAAGAUGCUUGAAAUGUCUCUCUGAUUCAUUGAUGCAGUAGUAGCCCUUACCUGUUAUUGAAGAGCGAAACUAGUUUGAACGGUUGAGAAUUUCAGAUUAUCUUUUUAGUUUUUGUGCAAUUGCUAUUCAAUGA